GAUAGGAUCUCUGCUCCGGAGAUUGCCAAACGGUGUGAGCUAUGGAACAGUUAACAGAAUGCCCUGCGGAAUCGGAUUUGGCAGGAAGAGCAAGCAUCUGUGAAGGAUGCCCUGGACAAGCUUUGUGCCAGUCGCAAGGAAGAGUUGACCCAGACCAAGAAAUGAUUGACAUAAGGAUGAAUCCAAUUAAACACAAAAUACUGGUUAUGUCAGGAAAGGGAGGAGUAGGUAAAUCAACAGUUGCAUGUAUGUUAGCUCAAGUAUUAGCCUCUCAAUCUUGCAAAGUAGGUGUAGUAGACUUGGAUAUCUGUGGACCAAGUAUACCUAAACUACUCUCAGUAGAGGAACAGGUUGUAGUCAACACAGAAUAUGGAUGGAAAACUCUAUUAUCACCACAUAAUGGUAUAAAAGUGAUGUCAGUUGGUGCUAUGUUAAAAUCUGACAGGGAUUCUGUUGUGUUUAGAGGACCAAGAAAAACAGUUUUAAUAAAGAGAUUUUUCAAGGACACAUUCUGGGGAAAACUUGAUUAUUUAAUAUGUGAUACUCCUCCAGGUACAAGUGAUGAACAUCUUACAGCUAUCAAAGUUUUGAAAAAUGUGAAGCCUGAUGGAGCCAUCAUAGUUACAACAUCUCAGGGUGUAUCUAUAGCAACAGUUAGGAGAGAGGUUAACUUCUGUAGGAAGAUGGGUGUGAAGAUAUUGGGAUUGGUUGUUAAUAUGAGCACAUUUAUGUGUCCUUGUUGUGAUGAAGUGACAAACCUAUUCCCAGAGGAUGAGAUAGAGAAACUUGCUGAGGAACAAAAGAUACCUAUAUUAGCCAGGAUACCUGUAGACACGAGAGUGACAUCAUGUUGUGAAGUGGGAAGAAAUCCAGUGAUAGAACAUCCAGACUCACAAGCUAUAAAGUGCAUGGAACAAGUUGUCAAAUCUUUAUCUAAUGUUAUAGAUAGAUAAUGGUUGCUUAGCUGACACCAUCUACUGUUACCAGACUCACAAACUAAAAAGUGCAUAGAACAACUCGUCAAAUCUUUAUCUAAUGUUAUAGAUAGAUAAUGGUUGCUUCGCUGACACCAUCUACUGUUACCAGACUCACAAACUAAAAAGUGCAUGGGUUCCUUGCAAAGUCUACAUAUCCACCAGAUAGAGUUCAUCUGUCCUUGGCAUAAUUUCAGCAGAAUUGAAUAUUACAGGCAAUAGGUCAGCUUUUUUGGGUGAACAGAAUGAUUAAAUGUGUACAUGUCUGUCUGAAAUGUUUCAUUUUACCAUGACUUCAUUUUCAUGGUUAAUUUGACCAUACCUCCUUUCAUGGUUUAUUGGUCAAAAAUAAGUUUUCUAGGUAAUAAGUCUUUCUUAUUCCAUAAUUAUAUAAGCAAUUGGUUAAGUAUUGCUAAUGAGUACACAAUAUGUUUGACAAAUGUUCACAAAUUUACUGUUUAUAUUCACAUUAUUUUCAUUGUUGAUUAUUAAAUAUAUAUAUUUUAGCAGGUUACAUAAACUUUAAUUAUAUAUUGUUUAUAUAAAAACUUAUAUUUACCCUGCUUUUAGUAUUUGAACUUAUUGAAUAUGAAAAUGCAAUGUAAAGCUUCAAUGGGAAGGAAUUGAGAACAGCCAAACACUUUUAAGGAAUUUGUGUAAGAUCUGAACUAUAAAAAUACUGUAUUUGUCCGAUUAGAAUUGAAAUAAUUCCUUCAUGUCAUGCUCUAUGCUCAUU